GUUCAUCUCUUUUCAUUUUCUUCAUCCAAACAUAAAUCAAAACCCUCACAAACACAUUCACAGUUCUCAAUCUACUUCUCCACCUUUACACUGCUAGACCUAUCUCAACAAACACCCAUUCUUCAAAUGGCUUUUAAAGGAAUCCAAGUGUGUUCCGUCGCACUUUUGACAGCCCUUCUUUUUGCAGUAGCAGCAAAUGCGCAAUCAGAUUGCACAAAUGUGAUCAUUAGUUUAUCUCCGUGCCUUAACUAUCUUACAGGAAAUUCAUCAACUCCAUCUUCUGAUUGUUGUUCUCAACUCUCUACCGUUGUAAGGUCAAAACCUGAAUGCCUCUGUCAAGUCCUUAAUGGUGAUGAUAGCUCCUUGGCAGGACUUAACAUUAAAAAAACUCAAGCUCUUGGGCUUCCCAAAGCUUGCAACGUUCAGACUCCAUCCAUCAGCAAGUGCAACUAUUUUCAGCAGCUGGUUCUCCAAGUGGUUCUCCAUCAGACACACCAGAUUCUCCGACAACACCUGCGUCAGGAGGAGGAUCCAAGACUACCCCAUCAAACGACGGAGACUCGUCACAUGCAACUUCCACCACUAUCCAGUUUUAUGUGUUGAUCAUGUCCCUCCUCGUCGCAUCAUUUGCUUCAACUUAAGCACAUUGUUUUGUUGUUCUUUGCACCUGGUCCUGUAGUUUGUACUACCAAGAGUCCUACAUGUAUGUAGGAUUGUUUUUUUGUUGUCAUCUUCUUCCUCCUUGUUUGGUACCUCCAGUUUAUCACAUUUAUUUGUUGGAGAAACAACUAAUUGUUAGUUGUCUUCUCUCUAUUUCUUUUGUAUACGAGUGAACUAUGAAGACUCUUUGAUCUGUUCUAUUUCAAUAAAAGCAGUUAUGUCUUGAAUA